AUGUAAGUAUUAAGAUUUGAUUAAUUAGUUAACAGAAGUCCAUAAAUAGAGGAGCUUUGUAAAUGUAUGAUUUGUUUGGAAAUAUUCAUUGAUCCAAUGUGCUGUGAAAGUUGUGAAAAUCAUUUUUGUUAAACUUGUUUAACAACUUGGAGUUAGAACUAAUCUGCACGAAGUUGUCCUGUUUGUAAUAAGUUAAAAGAAAAGUAAGGUUAACGUAUUUUAAAAAAUAUGCUUAAUGAUCUUGAUGUGUAUUGUUGUUAUAAAUAAAAUGGAUGCUUAGGAAUUUUGAAAUAUUCUGAUUAUUUCUUCCACAUUAAAUCUUGCCAGUUUAAAUAAGUGAAAUGUGAGUAUGAGGGAUGCAAUAUUGAUAUUCUUUUAAAAGAUAAGAAUCAACAUGAUAAUAUUUGUCUUUUUAAACUUUUAUAAUGCAAAUGGUGUUCAUAAGAGAUAUUACGAAGAAACCUAGAACAGCAUGAAUAAAAUGAAUGUUUCGAAAGAAAACUUCUUUGUUCAAAGUGCUUAUUUGAAGUUCCCUUUUUGAUGAUGCAAAAUCACAUAGAUAAUUGUCCAGAAAAUAUUGUAUCUAAUUUAUUCAAUAUCUUAUUUAGUUAUAAUGUUAAUUAUGUUUUUCUAAUAUUAAAUUAAAAGAUGUAGAACAACAUGAUAAAAAUGAUUGUCCAUAAGUUAUUGUCAAGUGUUCAGGUUGUUGGGAAAAACUAAAACGAGUUUCUAUGAUACAACAUAUGAAAUCAUGUUAAUUUGUAGAAAUUAAAUGUGAAAAUUGCUAAGAACUAAUUUAAAGGAAAGAUCUAAAGGAUCACACUAUAGCCAAAUGUUUUAAGACUCUAAAAUAAAUUAUCACAGAUUAAUCACGAUAGAUUAAGGGAUUAUAUACAUUCUGCGAAGAAUUAUCUUAAUAAGUUAGUUUUUUGUCUUAAAUGCAAUAAUAAAUUAAAUUUUCAAAGUAUUUUAAACACAAGGAUAUUGAUGUUAUAAGUAAUGGAAAAAUAGCAUUGAUAAAUUAAAAUGAAAAUAAAAAGUUUGAUAGAUUGAUUGCUAUUAAGAAUUCAAAAAAUAAAUCUAUAGAAAUUGAAUUUCUUCACAUUUCAGAUUUAAAUGUGUGUAUUGGAAUAACACAAAGAUCAAAUAUAUUUAAUCCAAAAGAUUAUUCAAAACCUAAUCAUUAAUCUUAUUUAUUUUGUGCAAAUGGGAUAGUAUAUGUAAAUGAAAGUAAAGAGGAGAAUGGGAAAAAAAAAAAUUUUGGUUUCGUAAUUGGCCAAAAAUUAGAAUUGCUUUACAAUGACAAAUUCGUUAGCAUAAAAAAUUGCAUUACUUAGUAAUAUCUUAAAUAUAAUAUUACUUAUGAUAACUUUAAUAAAGAUGACAUCGAACUCUAUCCUGUUCUUUGUUUAAGAAGUAAUAAUGAUAAAGCUCGUAUUUUAAAUUGA